CCCACCAGCUGCAACAUAGCACUCGACAGCUUCACCCCCGCCGUUCAACCACCACCAUGGACGCCCUUCGCUCAGCCUUACAGCCGAUUACGCAUAAUCUCCCCGCUCCGCUCGUGGAGACGGGGCGAAGCCUAAUCGGCCCUGUGUGCUACAAGACGCUCGUUGUCGACAUCGAUCCCUUUGCGUCGCCCGAGUGCCUCAAGCUCGCCAUCAGCAAAGGACUCGGCAUCGGCAUCAUCGCCGCCUCGUCCAUCGUCAAGGUCCCGCAGCUCCUCAAGAUCCUCAACGCGCAGUCCGCCGACGGCAUCUCCUUCCUUGCCUACCUGCUCGAGAGCGGCAGCUACCUGAUCAGCCUCGCGUACAAUGUCCGCCACGGGUUCCCCUUCAGCACCUAUGGGGAGACGGCCUUGAUCCUCGUACAAAACGUGGUCAUCGCGAGCUUGGUCUUGAAGUUUGGAGGGAAGGGCGUGGGCAGCGUCGGCGCAUGGGUGGCUGGUCUUGUCGCCGUGGGCGCUGCGCUUGCGAGGCCGGACAUUGUCGACGUGAAGACGUUGGGCUACCUGCAAGCUGGUGCUGGUGUGCUUAGCGUAGCCAGCAAGCUGCCCCAGAUUUGGACCGUGUAUCAGCAGGGCGGCACUGGGCAGCUGAGCGCCUUCGCUGUCAUCAACUACCUCCUCGGCUCGCUUUCCCGUAUCUUCACCACCCUCCAGGAGGUUCCCGAUCCGCUCAUCCUAUACAACUUCAUCGCUGGCUUCGUGCUCAACGCCAUUCUUGCACUGCAAAUGCUUGUAUACUGGAACAGCCCCGCCUCCAAGAAGACCGAGAGCAAGAAGCUCAAUAAGGGCUUUGUUGCGGCGGGCAAAGGUCCUUCGUCAGACUCUACAGUCAAGGGAGCCCCGAGCUACGCAAAGGCGACUGGAAAAAGCCCCGCGCCUACCACCAGACGCCGCGGCUAGAAGCUGUGCUCUCAGUGUUUGAGGAGACGUUGAUAGUUUCGUGAAUAUCAUCAUUUUGUUCUUCCACUAUUUUUUCUAUCCAGCUGUGAUAACUCAACAACAGCCAACCUAGCCAAAAAACAAACGCUAUGCCUGAAAGAUUUUUCCGCACCAAUUUCGGAUAGGGGUAUCAUGUAUGGGAAGAAGCAAUAAGCAACCAUAAACGUCGGUCACCAAGGCAUUAGUCGUGAGUGUUC